AUCUUCGAAGCUGAUUCAACUAGAAAAAGGAUCGACAGGGAGGAAGACUGAUUUGGACUGAUUCAUUGAUAAUAGAUCGACUUUAAAAAGGGUUUAUUUCUUUUCCUUCUAUGUUGAUUCGGUCCUGUUUUUGUCUCAACUGCGGUUCGGCUUCUUUGUGUGUUCUACGGCAGUGUUUUCAUGGAUUUCAGAUUUUGAUCUGCGAGAGAUAAAGUGUUUGUGAUCAUGGGUGGCUCAGGGAAGUGGCUGAGAACAUUGGUUGGUUUAAAGAAGUCAGAAAAGUCACAAUCUUCAGAUAAGGAUGAGAAUCGGUCAGCACCUGCUAAUCGGUUUUGGCACCGGAGAAGACUUUCUGUUGGCAUCGAUAGUGGUACUCUUAAAGAUGAGUUUGUUCAUAACACAGAUCCUUUAACAGGGGAUGCCAAGGUUCAAUCAAGUUCAGAUGCUUCUGGCUCCCCUGCUAGCUCACUACAAGUACAGCCUGCUGCUCAAGUUGAAAAGAAUUUCAAAGAGGAAUGGGCUGCAACACGCAUUCAAACAUCAUUUAGAGGAUUUCUGGCCAGACGAGCACUUAGGGCUUUGAAAGGAUUGGUGAGACUUCAGGCCCUUGUUAGGGGUCAUGCUGUGAGAAAGCAAGCUGCAAUAACCCUUCGUUGCAUGCAAGCCUUGGUGAGAGUUCAGGCUCGUGUUCGAGCACGCCGUGUUCGCAUGACAUUGGAAUGUCAGAUGGCAGAGCAAAAACUUAAGCAACAGCUGGUACAUGAGGCUCACGUUCGAGAAAUUGAGGAAGGGUGGUGUGACAGUGUUGGAUCUGUGGAAGAGAUUCAGACCAAGUUAUUGAAGAGGCAAGAAGCAGCAGCCAAGCGUGAAAGAGCCAUGGCAUAUGCUCUGGCUCAUCAGUGGCAAGCAGGGUCGAGGCAGCAGUCAGCCCCAGCAGGUUUUCAACCAGAUAAAAGCAACUGGGGUUGGAACUGGUUGGAGAGAUGGAUGGCAGUUCGUCCAUGGGAGAAUCGGUUCCUUGACAUCAAUCUCAGAGAUGGAGUUAUGAUCCAUGGGAAUGGAUCAGCAGAGGGGAAGAAUGACUUAAAGACACAAUUCAGAUCUGCCAGCAAGAAGCCUAUUUCGUCAAAUCCUCACUCAAAUCAGAAAACCACAUCUCAAUCUGAUGGUAGUGGCUCUUCAAUGAGCAAGUCAGCUAAUGUGCUACCAACAUCCGACACAGUACCAAGUAAGCCAAAAUCUAAGCCAUCUUCUGAAGAGCCAGUUGAAGAAGCAAACUCAAGACCUUCUGGUAUUGGGGCCCGAUCAUAUAGCAAUCCUAAAGAGAGACCUUCACAGUUAGAUGCCCAGGCAAAGAAGCGUUUGUCCCUGCCAAACAGUGGUCUUGGAGGACAAACAUCCAGGCGUUCCAGUAGAAACACUGUCGACAAGACAUCUAAUGCACAGAAGUCCAUUAAGGAUAGAACCAAAUUCGAUGGAAGGCGUGAUUCCGGCCAAAGAAAUGGUGUCCAGCAGGUAGUUGAGCUUCAAACUUGAGGAUCAAUUUGAAGAUGAUGUAUUCCAAGACCGAGUUGCCAAGAGGAGGCUUGGAUGCUGCUGUCUCUACUUGUAUAUAACAGAGUCCUUUCUAUCUUGGAGGUGGGAUCAUAUUGCUUUUAUUCCUUUCUUUCGGUUACUCUGGCAAUUUCAUGGUGGCGCGGUUGGGAGGCAGUUUCAAUUGUCACCCACAAUAAUAUAAUGGGAGAUUAUUUCAACUGUUGUAAUUACUGGUAAUUAUUUUGUGAAGGCAUUCUAGUUCUUUCAGUU